CCCCCCGUGCACUGUGCCAGACGCUGUACUUGUACUUCUGCGCAUGCGCUACACUGUAGAUCGUGUGCUUUUCGUGAGUGGAGCUGGGAGUUUUUCGACGAACAGAAAUUUAGAAAAUUGUGUUUAAUAUCGUUGAUUUUUGAAGCUGUUUUGCUGUUUUUUCAAUAUCGUCGUGACAUUUUUCUGCGACUUUUUUGGUGACGUUUUUGGAGUCAUUUUUCAAGACCUUUUUGCAGACAUUUUUGACAUCCCUUUUAAAAGACGGAUCCAACAAUGAACCGCUACUACGGUGGCAACCCCGGCUUCGGUUUCAACCACGUGGGCUUUAACCGUUAUGCCGCCCCCCGCCAGAUGUCCACCAUCAGCAACAACACCAACAGCAACGACCUCAAGUCCAGGGAGUCGCGCCUCUUUGUGGGCAACCUGAACCCGGACUCCCUGACUCAGGACAAGCUGGAGGAGAUUUUCUCGCGCCACGGGCAGAUCAUCGGGAUCUCCCUGCACAAGGGGUUCGCCUUCCUCCAGUACAGCACGAAAGAGGAGGCCAGACAGGCUUGCAGAAUGGAGCAAGGGAGAGUUCUCAACUUCCAACCCAUGGAUAUCAACAUAGUCAGUGAUCCGAAUCCAAACCGUGCAAAAGGCUUCAAGAGAGUUCAGAAUCCAGCAUAUUACAACGGCAGCGGGUAUGUCGACCCAGCUACUCUGCCACUGAUUCCAGCAGCCGGCCAGGCAGGUCCCCCAGCCGCCAAGAAGGUCCGACGCUUCAUGGAGAACUCCCAGAUGGACACAGAAGGCGAUGAACCAUCGUCUUGGACUUGCGCGUACUGCAAGGAGGAGAGCCCGACCUGCUGGAGUCUUGUCAAACACGUGGCCACCACUCAUCAGACCCGCAUCUACAUGGAGGAUUCAGAGAAAGUCUCUGCUUGAGGCAGACAGCGUUGCCAUCUAAGUCUGUGGAGAUGCUAAGCACACAUGCUAAGGUUUUACAAAAAGUCCUGCUAACCAUGACAAGAUUAACAGGCUAAAAGUGAAAUUUUAAGGUGUAGGGACUUUUCAUGGAAUUUGCAGAGUCCGUGCUUAGUAGCUCCGUAAAAUCUUCGAAUUUUUUUUUCAAUGUCACACCCUUUUGUUCUUUGGAAAUUCAUACAGAAGCCAUUGUUAAGACUGGGAUAUCGUUUGCCUUGAUUCAAUUCAGUUUGGAGAGUUGUCUCCAAUAGAUGCAUUGCAUGGCAGCAAUCUUUGAGAUGCGUGCUGUUGUUUCACGGGAAUACGCAUAAGUAGACAACUUGUGCUUUUAUUUGGUUUCGAAUUAAAGGUUGUGUUCCAGUAGCUCACCCGGAUCGACUCGGGUAAAGGCAGAGGGGUUAGCCACAACAGCUGGGCUAAUCGAACACUCAACCGUGGGCCAUCACGUUCCUCUCGCGAUGUCGGUAGCAAUGGUUGAGCCACUGAACUGACAAAAUGCCUGUUACGCACUGGGUCUCAGAUUGAGAUGUACUGCUUGUCCGUCAGUUGAAAAAAAAA